AACACAAUGGUUACGACAACAUCUCACUCUGUUGUUACUUCUUGGUUCCCAUUGUAUUCUCAUGUUAAAGUUAAAAUUGCUAUCUGUGUGCUUAAUGUGUCUGCAUUUAGAAAUUAAAUUACAUUUUUAAUUUUUAAAGUAGUUUCGACACAAAUGUGGACAUAUAAAUUGAUACAGUUCGAAUCGACACUGGGGAUACUUAAAUAGCGUUCCUAUAGUAGCCAUGACUCUUAUAGACGAUCUUUUUUAUUAGCCUUGUCAACAGACGAGCAGGCUGCCACUGGCUAGCUUCUAUAUUAGCACAACACAGCGUAACACACGUUCAAAAUACAGUCCGGUUGUCAACACAAAGAUGAUAAAGAGAUGAACGAGCUGAUCACAUCGAACACCUGACAGGGUGACGGGGACUGGCGGAUGUUUUGUGAAACAAUCAUGGAGAACUAAAAACUGACGGAUGGAAAGCCAGAGGAGGGGCUCUGGAGAUGACGGUGAAGGCGAGAGGGGCCUGCUUCACACCUGGAAGGGUUACUCCUACAGCGUGGCCCCCGAGCGACUGCCGCUCCCCCAGGCUGUUCUCCAGGUGGCUCUGGGCAUCAGUCAUGGUGUUUUGCUGGUGGAAGGGGGUCAGGUCUUCACUUUCGGAUCUUUGCCGUGGAAGCAAACGCCUGAGUUGACGUCGCCCAACUUGGAGAGCGCGCUCAGUGGGCAGCGAGUUGUGUCUGUAGCCGCCGGAAGCUUCCACAGCGGUGCGGUGACGGAAGAUGGCGGCGUGCACAUGUGGGGCGACAACAGCGCGGGGCAAUGCGGUUUAUCGGGUCUCAGCUCCGUGCCCAAUCCCACUCCCAUCGCUCUGGUGGACUCGGACUGCGGAGUUCCCUCGCAGCAGACGGUGCCGGUGUUGGAGCUAGCCUGUGGCGAGCAUCACACCCUAGCGCUGUCGAUGAAGCGGGAAUUGUGGGCGUGGGGAAGCGGUCCCCAGCUGGGCGUCAACGCGAGCGUUUUUCCUGUGUGGAAACCGCAAAAAAUGGAGCGCCUGGCCGGCAGGUGUGUGCUUCAGGUAGCCUGCGGCGCCUCGCACAGCCUCGCCGUGGUGCGAUGUCUGAGCCCCCAGGAUGCCCAGCGGCCCCCGGCUGACAAAUGCGGGCAGUGUAAGCAGCUUCUGUUCACCAUGACCGACAAAGAAGAUCACGUCAUCAUCUCGGACAGCCACUACUGCCCCCCCGGAUUAGAAGACGAGGGGCGGCUUGAAGCAACUCCUUUACUCAAAACUUCCCCGUCAGAACCCAUCCUUUCUUCCCAGGUUCCUCAAGCUCCUCCGUCUCCAGCAACUGUUCAAAAUUCCGACAAACAAGAGUCAUUUUUAUCGGAGGAGGGGCCGCCCGCGACAAGUUCCAAAUGUGCUCCUUAUCCGGAUGAGCAGGCGGUCAAAGAUUACCUUCAGAAGCUCUUAGAUAACACUCAGGUGGAAAAACCCCCAAAGGUGACCACAGGAGGACUCCACACCUUACUGCCGUCAGCAUCCGGACUCAUCGGAAGUUCCUCCAACAACACGCUCAACAAUCUGGUGGCGUCUUGUGCCUCGGCAGUGGGCGAGAAAGUCGCCUCCACGUAUGAAGCGUUGUCAAUCAAAAAAAUGCUCAACCUGUACCUUCCCGGCACGUCGAGGUGGGGCGGAGCGGGCACCGAGAGCGCCCCCGAGCGUGUCCGCCAGGAAGACUCGGCGCAGGCCAAGAAGAGCUCCAGCACGGGAGACAUACGCGAAGAGGAGGCGCAGCGCACGCAGCGCCGCCUCUCGCUCCCGGGACUCCUCUCACAGGUGUCCCCACGGCUGAUUCGUAAAGUGGGACGUUCCAAGAUGGCUACCGUGGCUCUGACACCGUUGGCCACCGUGUCGGCCCCGGAGACCCAGGAAGUGCUGCCCACCCUGCAGACAGAAGUGUGGAGCUGGGGCCACGGCGACCAAGGUCAGCUCGGCCAUGGAGACAACCUGGACAGGUCACAGCCGCUCUGCAUCAAAAGUCUCAACAACAAGGAAGUGGUACGGGUGGCAGCCGGCGCCCAGCAUUCCCUCGCUCUGACUGCGCAGUCGCAGCUGUUCUCGUGGGGCAGUAACAGACACGGUCAGCUGGGCCAUAUGGAAUCACCCAGCAGCGUCCCUCGCCAAGCCAAGCUGUCAGAGGGCAUCCGGGUUUGGGACGCGAGUGCCGGAGAGCGCCACAGCCUCCUGCUGGCUGAUGGAGACUGCGUCCAGCCCAUCAUUUAUUACAGCGGUGAGCAGGUGAAGGUGGACGCGGAGGAGAACGGCACACGGGAAGAAGGGGAGGAGCCAACCGAGAGCUACACCCAGCAAUCCGUGCUGCUUCCCUUCUGUAUGAACUUGGGAUUUGUAAGCGGCGUCUUUGCCGGCGGCCGUCGAUGCGCCGCACUGUCGGAUAAGAACGUAAUGGGCUACAUCGCCGGGCUCCAUGAGUUGGCGUCGGCGGAGAGAAAGUUCUACUGCAAGCUGUCCAAUAUCAAGACACAAGCGUUACGCCCCCUGCUGGAGUUCGGUGAGAACAUCACAGACCGGGAAAGAUAUUUUUGGUUUCCCGUCACCAUGGUAACAGUAGCAAAAAUAUGUUUUCUAGAAUUUUUAAGCGCUACCCUCGGUGCGGUCAACUUCGGGCUCCUGCAGACGCUCGCCAGUCGAUUCUGUCACUUGUGUCACCUGACCGGACGGCACGCGGUCAGACUCACCGCCGGACUGCGACACGGCCGCGAUGUUAAAAGCCUGCCUAUCCUUGAGCACACCGCCAUCUUUCUGGACGCUUACACUGAGUAUUGGAGCACCUUGGCCGACUUCCAGGUGAUGGGAGGAUUCCUGACCAUGACCAAACCUUUGCUAGAUUUUUUCGGAAAGAAUCCCGAGCUGCUCCAGAGGUUAGCUGAGACCACCGAGGAGAACCUCGCUAUGGUGGACAUCUUUGUGGCGCUCUUCUGCCUCCCUGUGCAUCAUCUUCGCGAGUACGGGCGAUUGCUGCUCAAACUGGCUACUUGCUUUGAAGUGUGCUCCGGCGAUUACCAGCGUUUGCAGGACAGCAGCGCCAAGUUUGAAGCUUUGGCUCUUCUGCUGAAGAAGAGAUUAAAGGAAGCCGAGUACACUUCACUUUUCUGGAAGAGCUUCCCCGGCAAGAUGACGGACUCGCUACGGAAGCCUCACCGCCGCCUCAUCUGCGAGAGCAGCAACAAAGCUCUGACGUUGCAGAACUCGGGGAGGUUCUCCGUCAACUGGUUCAUCCUUUUUAACGACGCUCUCGUCCACGCACAGGGCGUGGCGCCUUAUAAAAACCUUUUCUCCACGCAUCACGUCUUCUCCUUGGCUACGCUGUGGGUGGAGCCAAUUUCGGAUGACAGCACCGGCAUCUACGGGCUGAAGGUCAUCACACCAGAGGAGAUGUUCACCCUGCUGGCCAGCUCCCCUAUGGAGAAGACCAAGUGGAUCCACUGCAUUAACCAGGCGGUGGAUCAAGCCCUGAAUAUUAGCGAAGAACAAAAGUUUGAGCCCCCCAUCUCUCGGAGCGCCACUUACACGUUUUACAAAGACGGACGGCUGAAAGAAGCAACCUACGACGGACGCUGGAUGGCCGGGAAGCCGCACGGCAGGGGCGUGUUAAAGUGGCCCGAUGGGAGGAGUUACACGGGGUCAUUCAAGAACGGGCUGGAGGACGGUUUCGGUGAAUUUGUGGCUCCGAAUAAGACCCUGAACAAGACGGACCAAUAUCACGGCCACUGGAAGGAUGGCAAAAUGCAUGGCGUGGGGACCUACAGAUACGCCAACGGCGAGAUCUACGACGGUUCCUUCCGGGACGGUUUGCGGCACGGCCACGGGAUGUUGCGCAGCGGCAAGCUCAACACCUCCUCCCCCAGCGUCUUCAUCGGCCAGUGGGCGCACGACAAGAAGACGGGCUACGGCGUCUUUGACAACAUCACCAAAGGGGAGAAGUACAUCGGCAUGUGGCAGGACAACCAGCGACAAGGAACCGGGAUUGUGGUGACGCAGUUCGGACUUUACUACGAAGGAUCCUUCAAAGACAAUAAGAUGAUGGGCACUGGGAUCCUGCUGUCAGAGGACGACACCACAUACGAGGGCGAGUUCUCCGACGACUGGACCCUCAACGGCAAGGGUGUGCUGACGAUGGCGAAUGGCGACUACCUGGAGGGUUCCUUCAGCGGCGAAUGGGGCGCCGGCCCAAAAGUGACCGGCUCCUACUUUAAGCCACAACUAGCUGAUACCGACGUGGAGAAAAUGCGUCCGGUGAAGCUGGGGCGACUGUGUGUGCGUGCCGAGGAGAAGUGGCAGGCGGUGUUUGACGAGUGUUGGACUCAGCUGGGCUGCGAGGCCGCCGGCCAGGGAGAGCACUGGAAGGCGUGGGAGAACAUUGCGGUGGCGCUCACCACAAGCCGGCGCCACAUCCAGGACAGUCCGGAGCUCCUGUCUCAAAGUCACAACAGAACUCUGGAGAGCCUGGAGGUCAUCCCUCAACAUGGAGGCCCCAUCACCAUGGAGAGAUAUCACGCCAUCCGUCUUUACCUCAUCAAGGCAUGUGACACCUCGCUGCACCCACUCGGCCGCCUGGUGGAGGUGCUGGUGGCGGUCUACAGGAUGACAUACGUGGGCGUCGGAGCCAACCGCCGGCUCCUCCCGCAGGCCGUCAGCGAGAUCAAAACUUACCUCAACCGCAUCUUCCAGAUCGUCAGGUUUCUGUUCCCGGACCUGCCGGAAGAGGGCGGUGUCAUUCGAGAUCCCAACGCCGACCUCCAAGGCAAAGAGGACUUGGGAUUGAAACCGGAAAACUCACCCAUGCAUGAAGUCUCCAAGGAGAACACGGCGAUGGAUCGGUACUCUUUCCUCCUCAGCCACGUGGUGAGCGGAUCGGGUCUGCUGCUUCCUGUCCUGCUGCCCCGCCUCUACCCUCCGCUCUUCACGUUAUACGCUCUGGACAAGGAGCGAGAAGAUGACAUCUACUGGGAGUGCGUUCUCCGUCUCAACAAGCAGCCUGAUCUGGCUCUGCUGGCCUUUCUGGGCGUCCAGCAGAAGUUCUGGCCCGUUUCCAUCUGCGUGUCACCAGCACCAGCCAAGAAGCAGGAGGUUCUGUCCAGCACCAAGGACGCCUGCUUUGCCUCGGCGGUGGAAACCCUGCAGCAGAUCAGCACAACGUUCACACCAUCGGAUAAGUUGCAGGUGAUCCAGCUGACCUUUGAGGAGAUCACGAAGGAAGUCCAGUCGCUGCUGAGGCGGGAUUUCCUGUGGUCCAUGGACGACCUCUUCCCUGUUUUUCUCUACGUGGUUCUCCGUGCUCGAAUCAGGAACCUCGGCUCAGAAGUCAACUUAAUUGAAGACCUGAUGGAUCCAUGCGUGCAGCAUGGAGAACAUGGAAUUAUGUUCACCACUCUAAAGGCCUGCUACUACCAGAUCCAGCAUGAGAAGAUCACUUAAUGCAGUAAGCGUCGCUGUUUUUCUCAUAAAACUUGCAUAUGCGGCAGCCAAUGGGGCGGCAGGGAUCAGGGAGCGUUACAUGUGCCGCCGCCAGGCCACACCGAGCGGUCGUUACGAUCGAUCGCGGAUGUUCCGUACCGAGAACUGAACGCGACGUUUGCGUUUUAUUUGUGCCAAGAGAUUUUAUUUUACCUUUUUCGUUUUCAGCCGGUCAAAUAAUUCAAGACACGUUUUUACCGAGCAUAGCAUGAGAUGAAGCUAAACCGAACUUUACCAUAGAGGAGUGGUUCUCAAUUAUUUUCCCUCAUGCCCCGCCCCCUUAGGGACAGACGUUUUUCACAACGCUCCUGAUUUGGCGUACUAUCGAGAACCUUAUUAUUGAUUCGUCUGUACAAACCAAUGUAUGAGUUGCUGUAACCAUCAUGGUUCAAGCAUGAAUAAAAAGACACUAACACACCUGGCAACCUUGAAGAAACACUGUUUCCCCCAACACCACCACACACUAAAAAAAUAUUUUCCAAAUAUUAUUUUUAAAAUUUAUUUUUCUUAAAAAAUUUAAAUCA